GCUAGAAGAAGAAGUAGAAGGAAAUUAGAAGGAAGAACUGAUAGAUGAUGGAGAAGAGUGAAAAGUGUAAUGGUGCCACUGCUCCGAGGUUUCCAAUGGCUUUGAUGGGGUCGUCAGGAUCCGAAAAUGAAGAGGUGAUUACUACCAUGCGAACUGCAGAAACCAUGCUGCGUUUGGUUCCAAUGGCUUUAGGUGUUGCUGCACUUGUUAUCAUGCUCAAGAAUUCUCAAUCCAAUGAGUUUGGCUCUGUUUCCUACUCAGAUCUUGGAGCUUUCAAGUAUUUGGUGCAUGCAAAUGGAAUUUGUGCAGGCUAUUCCCUUCUUUCAGCCAUUAUUGCAGCCAUUCCUCGUCCCUCCACCAAACCUCGAGCUUGGACUUUCUUCCUCCUAGAUCAGAUUUGCACAUACAUAAUCCUGGGUGCUGGUGCUGUGUCAACGGAGUUGCUUUACCUGGCAAAAAAAGGAGAUGCAGCUAUCACUUGGAGUGCAGCUUGUGGGACAUUUUCCGGCUUCUGUCAUAAAGCAACAACAUCAGUAAUCAUCACAUUUAUUGUAGUAAUUUGCUAUGCAGUGCUGUCACUAAUCUCUUCCUACAGACUUUUCAGCAAGUUUGACGCUCCUAUGAACUACCCCGACAAGACCAUUGAAACUACAGUUUUGCAUGGCUGAUAUACAUUACUGUUUAAUUAGUUUCGCAUUCUGCUUGCAAUAAGAACAUGUUGCCUAUAGAAUGUUUAUGCCAUAUGGUUAAUAGAGGCGCUCUCUUUGGUGCCCUUUAUGUAAUCAGACUGCUUACCAGAAUCCCAUGUAUGUUUUAUGAUUUAUCGUGUGUAAUGUCAAAAAUGACAGAAUUGACACCAGCAAUGGGUCCAGUGAGAAAUAAGGCAUACAAUGUGAUGGGGAGGACUCCUCCACUAUAAUGCCCCUUGGUGCCAAACGGCCCGUGAGUUUCAGACACUUACACAUCCUUUCCAUUACAUUCGCCACCACUUCGCUCCUUGUAGGACCUAACUAUGACUUUCGGUCCUCAUAUUCGAUUGAAAAAAUGGACAUAAAAUUAGGGGAGAUUGGUUAUAGGAAUCAACUACAAGUCUAUAGCAGCCAGGGACAGCAACUCAAUAGGAAAUCUGAAAUUAGGUGGCAUUGAGAUAUGAUUUGGAUACAUGAAUUAUUAGAAUUUGAACCCUAAUUAUUGAAAUUAAAAUUAUGGUAUUAUUGGAAUUAAAAGUUUGAAGUUCUACCCGCAGGCAAUAUGAUUGUUUGCUACGUUGAGAUAUAUUAAAGUUAUGGAUUAGUGAUUAAAAGUAUUUUUCCAA